GAAACAUCGAACCCUCGAAAUAAUAUAAAAACCGAAAAGAAAAUAGAAAUUAUGUGUAGUAACCAAUUGGUGGUUGUUGAAGCGACACAUACAUUUUUGUGAAACUCAGUAAAAGGAUAAAAAUGGCAUUCAAGUUCAUUGUCGUUCUUGCUUUGGCUUCAGUUGCUAGUGCUGGUGUACCACUUGCUCCAGCAUACACUGCUGCCUAUGCGCAACCACAUUACGCUGUUCCAGCUGCUGCUCCAGCUGUAGUGAAGACUUUGGCGGCCCCAUUAGUGAAACAAGUUGAAUAUGUGGCUCCAGCUAAAUAUGAUUUUUCAUAUGGUGUCAGUGACCCACAUACCGGAGAUGUAAAGGAACAAUCCGAAUCCCGAGAAGGAGAUAAUGUCCACGGUUCCUACAGCUUGAUCGAUGCUGACGGUUUCAAACGUACUGUUGAAUAUACUGCUGAUGAACACAAUGGAUUCAAUGCUGUUGUCCACCGAGAACCUUUAGGGCAUUCUGCUCCAGUUGCCAAGGUUGCCGCCCCAGUUGCCGCUCCAAUUGCCCACUAUGCUGCUCCAGCAGUAGCUAAGGUAGCUGCUCCAGUUGCUUAUGCUGCUCCAUCUGCCUACGCUACCCCAGCCGCCUAUGCCGCUCCAACCGCCUACGCCGCUCCAAUCGCUCACUACGCUGCUGCUCCAUCGGUGGCUAAGGUCGUCGCACAAACCACUUAUGCCGCCCCAGUUGCUUAUAAUGCACGAGCUGCCUACUCCGCUCCAGCUGCUUAUACCACCUCAACUGGCUAUGCCGCUCCAGUUGCACAUGCUGCUCCAGCUACAUAUGCUGCCCCAGCUGCAUAUGCUGCUCCAGUAGCUAAAGUUGUAGCCCCAGCAGCUUAUACCGCUCCUAUUGCCUACCAUGCUCGUGCUACCUACGCUGCACCAGCUGUUGCUAAAGUUGUUGCUCCUGCUGCUUAUGCAGCUCCUGCCACUUAUGCUGCUCCAACUUCUUAUGCUGCUGUUGCUCCAGUUGCUGCACAUUACGGUGCCGCCCAAUUGGCAUACAAUACCCCAGUUCAAGGUUACCACCACUAAUUGAGAUUAUUGUUUUUUGUUGAAAGUGGAAAAUUAUUUGUUUUAUCCUACUUAAAAAUAUAUAUCACUUUAUUUAUU